CCCAGGGCUUCCACCCACUGCUCACAGCCCACCUGUGAGCUCCUUCCAGCCUAAGCAGAGGGGAGCAGCUGGCCCUGGGGACACAUGUUAGCAAUGUGGAAAAAUAUUGCUGUUUAUAUUCAAGUAAAAUUUGUAAAUGGUGUACAGCAGUGUUAACAAACGUUCAACAGAGCCACAUCCAUCACACAGGCAGCAGGAAUAGAGCAAAGGGCCACGCUGAAGCCCUUCUACAUGCCAGAGGGUCACUCAGCAGCCAUGCAGACAGAAAGCCCUGCUGCAGGGCUGUCACCCAGACUGCAUGAAUCAGAGCAGGGCUAAAGCCUGCAACCCCUGGCACUCACCACUUCCUCCUCAGCUGCAGGCUGGAGCAAAAACGCAAAGCAAUUUUGUUAAGGUCUCUGAAGAUGUCACCGUACUUCACUGAGAAAGACUCAGUGACCUUCAGGGACUGUUAAGUCAGGUCAGCACGCCCUGGCUGCAUGCAGGAUGGGUGCAGCUAAGCAGCAGAACCACACAACUUCUGCAAGCAUAGGAAAGAGAGUGUGCCAGGGCAACGUGUAUUCGAGGGGGCUCUGGGUAGUGCACUGUAAGACAGAGAUUAAGUCAUCUGCUGAACGUUUGUUGACACUGCUGUACACCAUUUACAAAUUUUACUUGAAUAUAAACAGCAAUAUUUUUCCACAUUCCUAAUAAGAGAUUAUACUAGCUUCUUGUUUAUCAAACAUUUCAAUGGAUUUUGUGCUUGGUUUCAAAUGCCUCUCAGUAAACAUAUGAGAAGAAUAGGAAGAGAGGACAGCAAACAGGCAGACAGGUGAUUAAGGUUAAAAAAAAAAAAAAGCAAAAUAAGAUAAAACUGCAGAAAGUAGAAAGAAAAUGGCCACAAAGCAGAGAUUUAUCACCUGUCCCAAGAAUAAAUCUCUGGGUCUCAGAGCAUGCCCAGAGCAAACGUGACACAACCCUGUGAACUCCAGCGCAGAACACUCCCAUUAACAAAAACAGAAGCCAUCGGGGCAGCCAGCCUUACAGAAGAGGUCACAGCCAGGCCUGGGAACUGCUUAAGAAAAGAAAACUUCAGCUCGCUGCUUUGCUAAAUGCACAAAUGUGUCUCUUUUGAACCCAGCUCAAAGCUGAUCUCUGUGGAAGGACGACUGAGUGCACUAAAAUAGCACUGCCCAGCUGCAGCACUGACAUUUGGAGCACAGCAGGCAGAGCAGCAAGGCACGGUCAGCAGCUCCUCAGCUCUGCACGCUGAAGCACACACUGACAGCCACGGAGGACAUCACCGCUGGAAGGAACACACCAAUGAGCCCGGCAGGGCAGCGCAGGAGGCUUCGCUGUGAGCAGUAAGUAACGACCUGCUGUCAUUAAUGCAGUACUUAUGGAGCUUUAUGUUACGAGGAGAUUGCAAAGGCUGUGUUCUGUACUUCCAUUUAACUGCUGAAAAGCUGAAAAAUAUUCCCAGGUGGAAAAUGCUUCUGUGACAGAUUUCUGUACUUGAUCAACACUCCUCAACUUUUUUGUUAAACUUCUAAACAAAUAUUACUUUUUUAAUUGACAAUGGAGAAUCAUCCAGGUGUAAUACAAACCAGAAAUAAAUCAAUCCCUUAAAACACAAAGGAACUGUAAAUAAAUACAAGAGAUGAAGGCAGUCCCUGUCAGUGCAGGGCACUGCACCAAGUGGAGCUGCUGUGUGGGGAGGGACUGCGGGGCACCACUGGAGGAAGCAGCCACGUAUCUCCUCAGCAACUGCUUCUAUUUUUAUUGAGCUGGUGUCUUUGGCCAUAAUAAUAAAGCAAUACAUGUGAAAUCUGAGGAAAACAUCCCUGCACCUGAUGAAAUCCAAAGACAUCAGCAGCCUGUGGCAGGGGGGUUGAAACUAAAUGAUCAUUAUGGUCCUUUUCAACCCAGGCCAUUCUAUGAUUCUGUUGUGAUCCCACAGCUUCUUGUGGAACAGAAUCAUUGAGGCAAACCAGGCUGCUCACACACCAAGCAAAGCUGGAAUGGGAAGUUUUAGAACCAGCACUCACUGAUUCCUUUGCUAAACUACUCUAUUGGUCCUUAAACUAACAUACUGAUCCCUGCUGCUAAGCACACCAGCCUGUAUCACCAGGCAGUAAUGCAGGUGCUGAUCUCUCAGUGCUAAAAGGUUGAAUAGACAAAAGCAGAAUGAAAAUUUCAGCUUCUUCUUAGGAAAAUGAGGCUGUCAGAUUUCACACGGCACACCAUAGCACAGGGUCCCUCAGACAAGAAGAAAUGAAGCAGUUCCUGGUUCCACCCUUGAGGUGCCCUUGCCCUGGAACCAAAGGAGCUCACACAGCCCUCCAGAGAGCUUGCUAUUUUAACAGCAAAGCAAACGAGCUUAUCUACAACUGCUCCUCACACCCACUAGCUCUCCUCACAGGCUUUGUCCUUCAGAACACCAGAAAUUAAUCACAAAUGCCAAGAAAGCAUCGCACACAAUCCAACUGCCUGCACCAAUUUUGGUCAGGAGAAUCUGGUGCACUGCAUGCACCAACCCACAGGGCACACCACCUCCCAUGCACAGCAAAGGGCUGCAGGCAGACACAGCACAUCCAGGCAGCACUGCCCAUGGCAGGGCAGAUCCCUGCGGUGCCUGCACUGCUGUUAGUGAUGCUGAGCACGACAGCGGCAGGCUGCGCAGGGCCUGGUGUAAGAUGCUCACGGGAGGGAAUGGCGGGCAGCACCCAGGGCAGACAGGUCCAGGCCUUGGAACAUCAUCUUAAAAGAACCCCAAAGGGCUUUCUGAGCUGGAGGUGGCCCAGGUCCAGCAUUUGGUUUCAUUCAUCCUACGUUCAGGAAGUAAAGAGCUUGUGAGGAAAAUUGAACACCAUGACAAAACACCUCCACCAAUGACUGACUCAUACCUCCUCUCUAGAAUAUUCCAAGUCUUGCUUUUUUGGACCAAAAGAGAAAAGCACAGCUACAGUGGACAGAGUUGGAUGCCUGCUCUUCCCAUGCUGAGCUCAGCUGCUGGACAGACCCACUCUGUCUCGCACCAGCCUGCAGAGGUCCCAGAAGUGAGGAACGCACUGAGACCCUCUGACAGCCACUGCCAUGCUCAGGAGAGCACCUUUCUUUGAGCCAGAUCCGAGAAUACCACACAGGCUGUUAUCUCUACUAGUUGCUUACUACCUUUUGCUACAGGAGCACCACUGAAGUUUCUGUGCCACUCCGUGCCAAGCGUUGCACUGAACACACGGCCAGGUUCUGCCCCCAGGGCCGCACACAGACCCUGUUGCAGAGCACACCUCCAUCAGGGCUCUUCUAUCAGCCCUGUCUCAAAACAUCAGAGAUAAGCUUGGCAUGUUCUUUCUCACUGAUAAAUGCCAUUUAGCAGUUCAGAAAAGAGUUCUGGAGAAAAUGACCACCAUCAAUCAUUUCUGACCCAGCAGCUGCAUUACAUAUCUAUCAAACAGCAGCAUUAAUCUCCAUAAAUAGCUGAAAAUGUCCACUUAAUACUGCAGAAUACACUCAAGACAACAAAAACCUACUGCAGUAUGAGUGAGGGCCUGUCAGAGAGAACUGGGUGCCCGACCAGGUGAGAAAAAGCACAGGUAACUUUUAUCAGGAACGCCAACAGCAUGAUGUGAGCAGCAGAGCCUCAAGCCUCGAGCUGUAUGCAUACAGUGAUGGUCCAGGACAAACACAGCUGCUCCCACCAUGGCUCUGUUCCUGAGCAAUGCUGAGGGCCUGCUGACAGAUUAGAGGAGGUGCACUGCCCUCUGCACAGAGCAGCACUGUGAUGACAGCUCUAACAGCCGUGCUUUCCUGCCUAGCAGAUCGCUCCACUGGAGGACAGGCCCUGUGCCAUCGAUGGAAGGCUCUCAAGACCCUUAGCACCUCACUAAAAGCACCGCAGCAGUCUAAUCCAGAAAGGAACAAAGACAUCAUAAGAUGUUCAACUCCAGCACAAACUCCUCGGGAAGCAGCUGCAGUAACAGCACAGUAAUAACAAAGACAGUCAUUCCCCUGAUCUACUGCUUGAUUUUUGUGGUAGGAUUGCUGCUGAAUGGCGUGGCAGCAUGGAUCUUCCUGUGCAUCUCCAGCGAGAAGAGUUUCAUCGUCUAUCUCAAAAACAUCGUUGUUGCAGAUCUCCUAAUGAGUUUGACAUUUCCUUUCAAAAUUCUCGCUGAUUCGGAAAUUGCACCUCCACAGCUCAACAUAUUUGUGUGCAGAUACUCUGCUGUUGUUUUUUAUGCAAACAUGUAUAUCGGAAUAACAUUUUUUGGCCUCAUAGGUUUUGACAGGUACUACAAAAUCGUGAAGCCUUUAUUCACCUCCUUUGUUCACACGGUUCGCUACAGUAAGGUUAUCUCUGUCAUCAUAUGGCUAUUGAUUAUGUUUAUAACGCUUCCAAAUAUGAUUUUAACUAACGAAAUCCCUAAAGCAAAUUAUUCCAGAAAAUGCAUCGGUCUUAAAAGCGAGCUUGGCAAACAGUGGCACAAGGUGUCAAGUUAUAUUUGUACAGGGAUUUUCUGGAUUGUUUUCCUCCUACUCAUCAUUUUUUACACUUCAAUCUCAAAAAAAAUAUACAGCUCCUACAAAAAGUUCAGACGGAACUCAGACUUCACUAAGAGAAAAACCAGCCGUAAUAUAUUCACCAUCAUGUUCGUGUUUGUCCUCUGCUUUGUGCCGUACCACUUCUGCCGAAUCCCGUACACCCUGAGCCAGACGAGCUCCCGGUUUGACUGCCGCUCACAGAGAGCUCUGUUCCACGCCAAGGAGUUCACUCUGCUAUUGUCUGCUGCCAACGUGUGCCUCGAUCCCAUUAUUUAUUUUUUCCUCUGCCAACCUUUUAGAGAAAGGCUGUAUCAAAAACUGCACCUCAAGCUGAAAACGUCAGGCGAGGCUGAAAUUACCAAAUCGAGGAGAUCAAACACGCUUCAAGAAAGUGUGAACAUUCUGUAAGUUCAGGUCUGUAGAAUAACAGAGUCUUGAAAGUUACCCCAGAAUGCAAAUAUUGACACUGCAGAACGAAACUGAACAGAUGACGACCAGCAAUAAACCAAAAAAUGUUUCAAGCACAAAAUACCAAGCAAUGUUUCUCUAUAUAGAAAGUCUAUUGCAUGCUGUCAGUGUAUUUACUACGUGGUAUUUCAGCUGAUGGUACGAUUGCACUGAGGUGCAAUGUGACCUAUCUGGAUCUCAGAAAAGAGAAGAGUAACUGGAACAAAACAUUCUGGAGUGCCAGGCCACAGUUCUGAAUGAAUUAUCCAAUAUCCCAGCCACGAACUGCCCUCGUUUUUCAUGAAGCCAGGCAGGACACCUCUGAGGAGCAGCAGGGCAGCCCAAAGGGCCUGGGAACAACGAUCAUCCCAGCUCAACCAGAGCAGACCCCGUAAAGCAACACAAUAAGCUCAGCUGGGCUUCCCUGGCUCAGCCUCUACCACUGAGAGCUCUCUGUGCAUUCACCAACUCAGACAGUAAAGCCUUUAAUGAAGUGCUCAAAUGCUUUAAUGAACUGCCAAAGAAAAGGCAGCCCUGUGUGUGUCUGUAUAUACAUAUACAUAUAAAUAAAUAAAUAAAUAAAGUGGUUGUGUAUGUAUAUAUAUGUAUAUAUGAGGUAGUGAUCAAAUCCUCAAAGAUUUGCACAAAGCCUGGAAAAAAAAAAAAAAAGGUGAAACUUAUAAAAAUAUUUUGACUUUCUUAAGCAAAGCGUUCUACAAGUUUAGGGAAUUAACCAAUGUGACUAUUCGUCAUCCGAAGGCAUCAAGAAGCCAGAGAACUUCUAAGAUGCAAUGUUCAAUAUAAGGAAAUGUUUGAAGAGGGAUCCUUCCACAAGCUGGUAAGCGCUGUGCCGUAUUGGUCAGGGCUUUCUGACAAAACACGGCGUACACCAAACUCACGCACACCCUCUCUGUUGCUGCAGGAGGUAAGAACAGUUCAGGAGCCGUGUAGGAACUGGGAGGUCAUACACUGAAAUCCAGAAGGAAUGGUCUGAUAGUUUUCCAAUGCUUUUGGCACUAUGGUAAAGCACCUAACUAUGUACAGAAGUAACAGCUGAAACACCAACCUUCCACAUGCAACUGUAAUCUUCUUUUAGUGAUAUUUUUCAUUGCAGCCUUUUUUUUUUUUCCAAUCAUCAUAAAGGGAAACUGUACCAGUGCAUUAAGUAUCCACAAAAGCUUUCUAGAAAUGACUAUGGAAGCUCUCAUUUUGCAUAACAAAGAAGUUACAGGAACAGAAAUAACAUCUAUUACCUUUCUGCCACUGUAUGUUACUUUAAUCCAAACAGGUAUUGUCUCAGGGUCAAUACUUUGUUUAAAUACACUGUCUUUGUAAGCGUUCCAAGGCUGUGGGCAACUUCUCUUGGUUAUCCAAUAUCCCAGCCAUGAACCGCCCUCAUUUCUCAUUAAGCCAGGCAGGUCACUGACAUCACUGAUCUGCAGUAACAGUACUCCACCAGCAGCCUCGACCAUGAGCUCCCUGACUCAUGUCAAAGCUUUGCGGGCUCUUCCUUUCAAGCAAGAGAAAUAAUGUGCAAGGGAAAGGAAUCUUUUGAUUUGUAGGUGACUUCUUGUAAUUGAUGGCGAAAACAUUUGUUUCCUUAUACAAGAUGGAUUUUAUUUGCCUACAUAAACCUAAGUAGUUGCGUAUGUCAAAAUACAGAGGCACAAAGUGAUAAAAUCUAUGUCUGUGAUUUGCAUUUGUAUAACUUUAUUACUUUGCAAGCUUUGGGGAAAAAAAGAAACAAAAACAACAACAACACUAUUGCUACUGAAGAAUUCUCUCUGUAUCCUGACAGUUUACUGACACUACAAUGACAAAAAUCUACAUAUAGCACCUCAGGUGAAAGCAUGCUGAUGCCAUACACUGUUUCCAGAGCAACACUGAAUUCCAAGCUUCUGAUGAGUUUCAAUUAAGAAAAAAAUAAAAAACAAAAAACAAAACAGCUCCCUCCAGUAACUCCGCUACUCAGAAAACAUUUUGAGACCCUACAGCAAUCCGGUACUCAGGGAGCCACAGCUCUCAAUUCCAUUAUCCAGCCAAGCUUCUGCUCCACGUUGCCACGGUUGCUCUGCUGUAUAAACCAGGAUGGAAAGGUACGAGGCCGAUCUCUUUCCUACACUGAUAAGUUAAUUGUGACACUCUUCCCAGCACACCACGUCUCAGAUAACCCUGGCAAGCAAUUCAGACACUUGCCAAGUCCUGUAAUUCCACUAGGAACCAGCUCGUGCCUUGCCCAUCUACUUCCUUAAAGUUGUUGCAGUGAAAUUUAUGGGUAACCAAGGCUAAAUCAGGUUCCCAUUUGAGGGGUUAUGCUUAGCAAACGGAAAUCCUUCCUCCAAGCACUAUUUUAGGAGAAAAAGUUCAUUACGCAACCUUCUCAACAUACAAAAAUCCUGUAUGUGCUGAAACCAGCAACAUGGCUUGUCGAGGUUAGUUAUGCAAGAAGCCAUCUCCAAAAGUGAUCGAUCUCUAUUGCAAACAAACUAGAACAUCUCACCAAAGAGGAGUCUGAUGCCACUUGUUGGUACAUAGCAGAUUUGUAGUCACAGCCGGCAGAUGUAGCAAGGGCUACAUGUUGUAGUUGCCAGCUGCAAGCCAUGGCACAGCAGGGCAGGCCUAGUGUUCAGACAGAAGGCUCCGAGGGGCACAGGGAGCCGCUGGCUGUUUCACUGCCUGCACGGUGUGCCUGCGCUCUGCCAGCUGAGCUCUCCCACCAUGCCCAGGCCCUGCUGGAGCUCAGACCACAUCACAGCCAACAGCAUGGGACCCCUCAGAAGGGGCCAGGGACACACACGCUGCUGGGCACAUCUCCUCUCCCUGUGUGUGUAAAUAGAAAUGCCAGCGACUUUUCUUCAUCACAAAUAGUUAUUUCUGCACAGAACUCAUAACAACCCCUGUGCCAAGUACACAUACAUUUUUCACUUACAAUGCAGACCUAUCCUAGUGGGAUAAAACUUUUUAAUCUGUUAAUGAAAGCCACAAAAAUCUUUAGCAGCACACGGUGGAUUCGCUUGUUUGUACGUGUUUGGGCACAGGGCACAUGAGUGGGGUACAGGAUGCGCCAGACACAGCGCAGAUCAGUCCCCAAGGAUGUGCCCCAGCGCUCACCUCGCGGCCGUGCACAGGAAGAGAGGGAAAAUCCCUCAGGACUGAUUUGCAUCAUCUGCUCACCACUGUGCCUCAGAACGGCUCCAAUUGCUUCUCUGAGUUGAAAAGCUGAAAGAAAACUGACUGUUUGCAAGUGACUGUUUGAGAGGGUUUUCUGCCUAUCAUCACGUAAAUGGCAGAAAAUAACAAAACCAGGGUUUCCCCUGUAUUGUGCCUGGCCAUAAGUUCUGCAGCCAGCACACAUCUGUCUGACUUAUAGAUCUGCAGGCACACAAAGCUCGCUGAAGACAUCAGCAGAGAGGUGAACCCAAACCCUCAGCAGCACGGAGCGAGGCCUGGCCCAGCCUCACAAGCAACACAGGUCCAGCUGGACCCUCCCCCUGAGGAGCACACUGUAAACGAGCCCUGAGGCAGCCCGCGGAGAGGCAGAAAGCACAGGCAGCACUUCCCCAGGAGCCAACCCACAGAUGGGCCAAAGGCAUCACUCAGUGCAGUGCCCACAGACCCUCAGACCCAGGAACGGGCCGAGGGCCGUCACAGGGCGCAGUGUGUCAGACCUCAGCCAUGCCUCACCACACAGCACUGCCCUCACACUGUGCCACCACCAGAGCCCCACAGCUCCAGAGCACACCAGCCCACUCCCACCCAUGUCAGCCCACAGCCCUUCCCUCCCUCCAGCCUCUCUUCAUCUCAGUCUGCACAAUGGAGCUGGUCUGUGUGGGAGAUGCACAGAAAAACUGACCGAAUUCUGUAUUUCAAGUUAAAAAGCAAGUGGAACCGUGCAGCUUAGCCUUGCACGAUGAGCACAACAGCAUAACAUCAGCCCACAUCUGCUCAAUGCUGACCAAAGGAGCACUCCAGAUCAAGAAGCUUUGCAAACAUCUCAACAAAUAUGGUCUGAACUUUCAGCCUAUGACUAAAUCUAAAACCAGACAUUCUUAACUUGGUUUUUCACAUGGCACAAUAUGUAAAUUCCUGAGGAUUCUCAACUACCAGGGCACUAACAAGACAGAUUUCAGUGCCAGUAUUUUAGUAGUGCCUGGCAAACCUCUAAAAGUUUUAACUUCUAUUAGAAGUACCCCCAGCAGGUCACAUGGUGCUCCCCCAGUUUUCCCCCCUGGGCUCCCCAUCCCUGUGCGUGCUCAGCAUCUGUGCAUGGUGCAUCCCCUGCUUGCACUGUAGGACGGGAACAACCACAGCACCAGUGGGCAGCUCCACAGGAGCUCACAUCCUGCUGUCACCUCCCUAGGUAACUUUCAUGUGCCUUGGCUGCUUGAAUGCUGGUUUUAAUUGCGUCAGCCAGAGCAUUUAAAAACCACAGACAUGUU